CGCAGCAGCAAGCGGGACCGGACGGGCGCCUCUCAGCCUCAGUUUAUUGUUUUUAUGGCGGAGGUCGUUACUGUCGGAAACAAAUGCUCGCAAGAAUGUUGAUAUAGACAUAACUAUAGAGCGGAACAUGCUGGCGUUAAUCUAGAAAGUGUGUUAAUAGGUGUUCGAUAGAUCAGAGAGAAAAUACUGAUUGGAGUGACCUAGGGAAGUAGCCCAGUGGCAGGGCUGUGCGAGUGUGGAGUGAUCGCGUGGCAGUGUGAUGACGCGCGGUGGUGAAUAGUCGUGAUUGUGUAGUGGAGUGUGUUGGUAACGCAAGGUGUUCGUUCUGAUUGGCUGAAUCGCAAGAUAGUCCGGCAAGAUGUCUCAGUUGGACCUGUUCACCCCCCAGCUGAGCACCACAGACACUCGCAAGAAGAUCGCCCUGGGCACAGAGAUUAUCAACUAUCUAGGGGUGCCCUCCAACUCCAUCGAGUGUGAUGACAUCGGCCACUUCAUUGACGGCCUGGUGCCAUGGCUUCAGAGCAGCAAUUUCAAGGUUCGUGUUGUGCGCCUGUUAAUCACCUCCUCAGGUAGGCAGACGGGACCCGCCCAAGUGGACUUUUACGGUAGUUGAUUUUACCGUUAUGAGCGGCACGCUGUAGGCUUCUUAAUGGAAGGCUGAAAUGGUGGGGCAGUGAAAAAAUAACAGGUAUCGAAAGUGUCUAACCAUUGUUAAUUACGGGCUGAGUGGCUGAGACAGGUGUAGCGCGCCGCGGGGCUUCUCUCAGGUGCGCUGCCUAAUAAGGUAAUCAACAGCAGCAACAAAAACAGUGGAGGGUGGAGGUUGUUACUCUUACAUGUUAAUUUCACAACGCCCCGCCCACCUUACAAACGCCCACCUGGUGUUACAUUUGAUCAGCUGAUUUUACCUGCACACGAGUUGUUCAGGAAAUUGGGAAGCCUUGUGGUCUGUCGACUGAUUGAAUUUAAGGCGCUGCAGGAACGGGGGUCAUGCGGCGCCGCCUUGAGGGACGUCUGGAAAAGGAAGGGAAGAAGGAGGAAGGGAAAGUAGGGGUGAUAAGGCCAUGGAUCUUGCCCGGGUCACACGUAGCAAGGAAGGGCUGGAUUGGAAAAGGAGAAGGGGGAGAGCGAGGAAUUAAAAUGGGAGGAGAGUGGCGAAGGAGAGCCUGGGUAGUAAAGGAAGGCUUGGGAAAAAAGCAGGUUAGAGAGGGACAGAGAGCACCAACAAGGCUGUACCAAAGGUUGAGGCAUUAUAGUGAAGGAGAGGACCACGAAAUCACCUUUAUAAUGAUGUUAGCUUCUCUCAGGUGUCCAUUAGGCGUGUGUGCCCGCCCCCCAUAGUCUCUUCUCCCCACAGUGGUGAGCGCCUAAUGGGGUAUCCGGGCCAUUAAUUGGUAAGGGCGUCGCGUCCCCUCGUAUACAGCCCGGGGCGGUGGCUGUGAUGGCGCGUGAUAGCUGGUGUGGGCCGCGCACUGAGCUCAGGGCCGGGUUGUGAUUAAUUUUCAGUCAACACUUACUAAUUAAAGGGAGAGAUAAAAGGUGAAGCAGAGAAUAUAAUGAAUUAAGAUAAAUCUACAAUAAAAAAAUAAAAAAACACUCCAGGUGUGUUAGAAAAAAUGUGAAUAUCAUUCGAGGUUUUAGGAGUAAAGAAAUGAUCACAAUGUUAUCUACGUAAGAUAACAAGAUAACUAGGAUUCACCUACAAAUGUAAAAGCAACCUAAGUAUGGGUAUCUAAGAAAAAAAAAUAUGAAGCUGAGUUUUUGAGAUGAAGUACCCAGUGACGUUGAAGUGUUCUGUAUAUAAAGUCAGACGACGUCAGGUUUAGUGAGGUAUCGAGUGUUUUUCCUUCACGGUUGUCUAUCAGCAGGCAAACACGCCAGGGCAGGUGCGUGGUCCCCUCCGGCUGUCAGCCUGCGCCGCACCCCAAAGCCAAGGACGCAGUGAUCUGAGGGUGAGGGAGCAUCAAAGGCAGUGGGGAGGAAGGGGCGUUUCUAUGCGGAGUUAGAGCGGCUCAAAGAGGGAAGGGGAAGGCAUGUGAGGGGAGUCGUGCACCGAAGGGCAAGUUAACUCCCACAGCCGCGGUCACACACACACACGCACUCCCAGAGACCACGCAGACAGCCACACAUGCAUCACCGCCCACACCUCCCCUAACUCACUCUUCAUUCCGGCGGCUGUCUGCUGCCGCCACCUGGGGCUCCGCGGUGAGUUAACGCCGCUCACGGGCCCGUAAUUGUAGUAUGGGGUGUGGGUGCACUUGUUGGCGGCGGAGGUGGUUUGGGGCGGGCAGGGCGGGAUGGGUUGGCCCGGGGGAGAGAAUGAAUGGCCGCCCCACGCGAGCAAGCUUGUCGUGAUGGAAACAUAUUUAAAGUGAGCACCGGCAGCAGGUGGGGACAGCCAAGAGUUGUAAUGAUGGGCUCCUCCCCCUCCUCC